CCCCCCGGGAAGAUGCAAAAGUGAACCACUCAUCUCUCCCUCUGCCGCGCAGAACUUUCAAAUACGGCCUCGGAAUUCGUUUUGCAAACCACACUGAGCUCUCACAGCGGCGUGCGUGAGGUGCAGGUGAAGCAUGGCUCUGUUUGGUGCUGUGCUUCUGUCUUUGGGAUGGAUGAUGGUGCGGUUAACUGAUGGGGAACUAGACUACGUCUCUCAGGGACAGGGUAUGCGACUGCAGGGCAACUUCUCUGUCGCUGGACUGUUUCCUCUCCACGACACCGACGAACCGAGUGCGAGUCUGCCUGCUCUGCGUCCCUGUAAUGAAGGUCGACCCAACAAACACGGCUUUCACCUGAUGCAGGCCAUGAGAUUUGCUGUGGAAGAAAUCAACAACAGCAGUGGACCACAGCCUCUUUUGCCGGGAGUGAAGCUGGGCUACCAGAUGUACGACGUCUGCUCGGUGCCGGCCAGUGUCCUGGCCACGCUGGACCUGCUGGAGCAGCAGAGCCGGAGCCCCUCCGCCCCUGGGACAGGGGGAGACACAGACUAUGACCACAGUGAAAGAGCGGUGGCAGUGAUUGGGCCUGACAGCAGCAGCAAAACGUUCCCCCCCGCUGCUUUACUGGGGGCCUACCUCAUCCCACAAAUCUCUUACGAAGCGUCGAAUGAAAUGCUCAGCAACAAGUUCCUCUACCCAGCCUUUUUACGCACAAUUCCCAGCGACAAGAACCAGGUCAAAGCGAUGAUCGAGCUUCUAGUUCGCUUCAACUGGAAAUGGGUUGCUCUGUUAGGCAGCGACAACGCCUACGGCCUGGAGGGCAUGCAGAGUCUCGCCAGCCAAGCACCACGCCACGGUAUCUGCGUUGCCUACCAGGGUGUCAUCCCCUCACUCAAAGAUAACACCAAACAGAUCAUGAGGAACAUGGUCGACAGCAUAUUGAUGACCAAGGUCAACACCGUCGUGGUCUUCUCUAGCAAGACAAAACUCAGUGGCUUCUUCCCGUUUGUCGUCGAGCGCAACGUGACAGGCAAGGUCUGGAUCGGGACGGAGGACUGGUCUGUUGCUACCCUGAUUUCAGGGAUACCUGGGAUCCAAACCAUCGGCACCGUGCUCGGUGUCGCCAUCAAAUAUGAGGCAAUUUCUGGGUUUGAGGACUUUGAGAGAAAGGUGGUCCAGGCUUCAAUGAGUGACACCCGGGGAGUCUCGGGUGGCGCCACACACCCAGGGGACGACUGCCUUCAGAGCACAGACCUGUACAGCCUCGCCCGGAGGAAUUUCUCGCUGGAGGAUUAUGACAUGACCUCCUCCUUCAACGUGUACACGGCCGUCUACGCUGUAGCUCACGCUCUGCACCGAGCUCUUGGUUGUGAUAUUGGACAGUGCCAGAGGAGGAGGGUGCAUCCGUGGGAGAUUCUCUCGUGGCUUAAGCAGGUGCGAUUCCCUCUGGGCAACACCUCUGUGCACUUCGAUGUGAACGGCGACCCGAACACAGAGUAUGACAUCGUCUCCUGGGUCUGGAGGGGGGCUGACUGGUCCCUCAGAGUGGUGGGUUCCUUCAGCCCCACCAUGCUCACUGUCCAUGAGGAUCAAAUUGAGUGGCACGACACAGAACAGGCGACACCAGUGCCGCAGUCCAUCUGCUCCCCCCCCUGCCCGAGGGGUCAAAAGCAGCUGCUGAUCGGGCAACACACCUGCUGCUUCGACUGCCAGGCCUGUCCUGCGGCCACAUUCCUCAAUAUAAGCAAACCCACUGUGUGCCAGCCAUGUCUGCCGGAGCAGUGGGCUCCCCCGAGCAGCGAUCAGUGUCUGAAUAGGACCGUCCUGCUGCUCGCAUGGGACGCCCCCCUCUCCAUUGCCCUGCUCUUCUUUCUGGCCACCUGUCUUCUCAUGACCCUCGGCUCUGCAGUAAUCCUCCUGCUCAACCUGAACACGCCCGUGGCCAAGUCUGCUGGCGGCCGCACCUGCCUCCUGAUGCUGGCAGCCCUGACUGCCGCUGCCAUGAGCUCUUUGUGCCAUUUUGGCCGGCCGUCUCCUCUGGCCUGUUUCCUCAAGCAGCCUCUAUACAUCGUCAGCUUCACUGUGUGCCUGGCCUGCAUCACUGUGCGCUCCCUCCAGGUUGUCUGCAUUUUUAAAUUUGCAUCCAAGCUGCCGCCUGCGUACGACAAAUGGGCCAAAAGCCGCGGGCCAGAGUUGACCAUUUUCCUGUUGUCUGUCACCAUCUUGUUCAUCUCUGUGCUCCGCGCAGCCCUCGACCCUCCUCAGCCGUCCCAGGAUCUUGACUUCUACAGGGACAGCGUUGUGCUGGAGUGCAGUAAAACCCUUUCACCAGGCGCACACCUCGAGCUCGCCUAUGUAUUCCUGCUCAGCACCCUCUGCUUCUCUUUCAGCUACAUGGGGAAAGACCUGCCGGCGAACUACAACGAGGCCAAGUGUGUCACCUUCAGCCUCAUGGUGUACAUGAUCUCCUGGAUGAGCUUCUUCACCGUGUACCUGAUCAGCAGAGGCCCGUUCACCAUGGCCGCGCACGUGUUCGCCAUCCUCUUCAGUGUGCUGUCCCUCCUCUGGGGCUACUUCCUGCCCAAAAUCUAUAUCAUUGUCCUGAAGCCGCAAAUGAACACAGCUGGCCAUUUCCAGAAUUGCAUUCAAAUGUACACCAUGAGCAAACAGUGACGCCUGUAAUUGUUUCAUCUGAUGAAACGUAGAAGAAGGGCAUCUACAAAAUGAUGUCGUGUAGAGCCUCACUU